AGGGAGAGAGGACGGGAUACAGACAUACGAAUAGAGAGAGAUACGCCUCUGUCCUCCUCCAGCACUCCACUGGACUCAGUGCAUUUGGACGGACGCGAUACCUCCUGUGUGAGCGCUGAUCGGGAUACUAAGCACGCAGCUAUUGGUUUUAUUACACCCUCAGCUUUAUCUCCAUCCCCUCUUUCGGUAAGAUGUACCACGUCGUUUUUUGCGGCAGCAAGAAUUAACCCGGAGUCGAGGCGCCGAUCAGUAAAAUCAUUUAUCGACUGGGAAGAUAUAUAAGACCUACGUCCCGGGGACUGUAUGAAAGAGCGCAGAAAAGGUUAUUCCUGACUCCUCUGUGCGCUGGAUGUGUAGGCUACAUAUGCGCCUAUAUCGCUGCGACUGGUGAUACGGACUAGGAUGUCCAGCUGCCACUGAGAUGUGAUUCUCUGGGGUUUCAUUUCCCUUUGACAAAGCAAAGUACACUAUAACAGGCCUGUAUGGUGUCCGGAACACUGAGCUGUGAGAAAAACAGCUCGCCACAAGACCGUCUGGGCUCAGCAGGAAGUACCUCCAUAUUUACUUGCAGGUCAACCUCAGACGUCAUGUGGACCAGAUGCCUGCUCUUCGUCUCAACCUUGUUUGCUCCCAUCGCCAUUGCCUACGGCCGUGCCCCUAUCCCCAUGGCAGUGGUGCGGAGGGAGCUGUCCUGUGAGUCCUACCCCAUUGAGCUGCGCUGCCCGGGCACAGAUGUCAUCAUGAUCGAGAGCGCCAACUAUGGCCGCACCGAUGAUAAGAUCUGCGACUCAGACCCUGCCCAGAUGGAGAACACUCGGUGUUACCUGCCUGAUGCAUACAAGAUCAUGUCACUCAGAUGCAACAACCGUACCCAGUGUGCGGUGGUGGCUGGGCCAGACGUCUUCCCUGACCCCUGUCCUGGCACAUACAAAUACUUGGAAGUCCAAUAUGAGUGUGUCCCAUACAAAGUAGAACAAAAAGUAUUUCUCUGCCCUGGCAUUCUGCGAGGAGUGUACCAAAGUGAGCAUCUCUUUGAGUCAGAUCACCAGUCCGGUGCAUGGUGCAAAGACCCACUGCAGGCCUCAGACAAGAUCUAUUACAUGCCCUGGACGCCGUACCGCACGGACACACUGACAGAGUACUCGUCAAAGGAGGACUUCAUUGCAGGCCGUCCCACCACCACCUACAAACUCCCACAUCGUGUGGAUGGGACUGGUUUUGUCGUCUAUGACGGCGCACUGUUCUUCAACAAGGAGCGCACCCGCAACAUCGUAAAGUUUGACCUGCGCACUCGCAUCAAGAGUGGUGAGGCCAUUAUUGCCAAUGCCAACUACCACGACACCUCACCAUACCGCUGGGGCGGCAAGUCGGACAUUGACCUAGCAGUGGAUGAGAAUGGACUGUGGGUGAUCUACGCAACAGAACAGAACAACGGGCGCAUCGUGGUGAGCCAGCUCAACCCCUACACCCUGCGCAUUGAAGGCUCCUGGGACACCAGCUACGACAAACGAUCGGCAUCCAAUGCUUUCAUGAUCUGCGGAGUCCUGUAUGUGGUCAAAACCGUCUAUGAAGAUGAUGACAAUGAAGGGACAGGGAACAAAAUCGACUACGUGUACAACACUGAUAAGAGCAAGGAGAUGACGGUUAACAUACCGUUCCCUAAUUCCUACCAGUACAUCGCUGCAGUGGAUUACAACCCGAGAGACAACCUGCUAUACGUGUGGAAUAACUACCAUGUGGUCAAGUACUCGCUGGACUUCGGCAACAAUGACUAUCGCCCACCUCCCAUUAUGCCACCUAACCGAGGAGGCGGAGGAGUAGGAGGAGGUCCAGUUGGUGGUGGAGGUUCCUCCUCUUCAUCUACCAGCCGCACUAUCACCACUCGUUCUCCUCCCUACUACACCACCCCACGGCCUCUCCUCACCACGUCCCCCGGCCAGCGCUAUCGAACCACCACCACGGUUCGCCAGCCUGUCCUGGUUCCUGCCGGUGGCUCAUCAUCCGACACUAACCAGAUUCCCGACACCAACCAGAAAGCGAGAGGACGCUCCCCUCCGGUGCAGAUCCCUCCAGCGGCCCCACAGCCUCCUGCCCUGCCUCCCCAGGACUUCUGCAAUCCAAGGCUAACAGCUGACAUAUCAUGGCCCCGGACACAGCAAGGCCAGACAGCCAAGCAGCCCUGCCCAGUCGGCACAUUGGGCGUUGCCACAUACGUGUGCGUGGCCCAUUUGGGAUACUGGGAUCCCCAAGGCCCUGACCUCAGCAACUGCACGUCGCCUUGGGUCAACCACAUCAUGCAGAAACUCCGUUCGGGCGAGACAGCAGCAAUUGUGGCCAGGGAGCUGGCAGAGCAGACCAAAGGGCUUCUGCGUCCUGGCGAUGUGCCAUCGACAGUGCGGGCCAUGGCCCAACUGGUCGAACUGCUGGACGUCCAGCUCAGGAACCUCACCCCCGGGGGCAAGGACAGCGCAGCCCGCAGCCUCACCAAGGCUAUGGUGGAGACAGCGAAUAAUUUGCUUCAGCCCCGAGCCCAGGCGGCCUGGAGAGAACUGUCCACCAUUGGGCAGCUGCACUCGGCCACUCUGCUCCUCGACACCGUGGAGACUGGGGCUUUCAUGUUAGCUGACAACCUCCUUAAGACGGACACUGUGCAAGAGACCACUGACAACAUCCAGCUGGAAGUGGCCAGGCUGAGCACCGAUGGGAACCUAGCAGACCUGACAUUCCCUCAGUCAGAACUACAUGGAAACUCCAUCCAGCUGUCAGCCAGCACUCUCAAACAGCACGGCAGAAACGGUGAGAUCAGGAUGGCCUUUGUCCUGUACAGGAACUUGGGGGCCUAUCUGUCCACAGAGAACGCAAGCGUUAGACUGAGCAGCGAGGCGGUCUAUCCUAAUUACUCUGUUAUCGUCAACUCCCCGGUCAUCACAGCAUCCAUUAACAAGGAGAGCAAUAAGGUUUACCUGUCUGAGCCCGUGGUCUUCACUGUCAAACACCUGCAGCAUUCGGAAGAGAACUUCAAUCCCAACUGUUCAUUCUGGAGCUACUCCAAGCGCACCAUGACGGGAUUCUGGUCUACCCAGGACUGUCGUCUGCUGGCCACCAAUCGCACACACACCACCUGCUCCUGCACACACCUCACCAGCUUUGCAGUGCUCAUGGCCCACGUGGAGGUGAAGAAAGCAGACAGCAUGCACGACCUGCUCCUGGAUGUCAUCACAUGGGUGGGGAUCCUGUUGUCGCUGGUUUGCCUGCUUAUCUGCAUCUUCACCUUUUGCUUCUUCCGCGGGCUGCAGAGUGACCGCAACACCAUCCACAAGAACCUCUGCAUCAGCCUCUUCAUCGCUGAGUCACUGUUUCUGGUGGGCAUCAACAGGGCCGAUCAACCGAUUGCCUGUGCAGUCUUCGCAGCCUUGCUCCAUUUCUUCUUCUUGGCAGCCUUCACCUGGAUGUUCCUGGAAGGGGUGCAGCUCUACAUAAUGCUGGUAGAGGUGUUUGAGAGCGAACACUCCAGGACUAAGUACUUCUACCUGGCAGGCUAUGGAGUGCCUGCUGUCAUAGUGGCCGUCUCCGCUGCAGUGGACUACAGGAGCUACGGCACCGACCGAGUGUGCUGGCUGCGAUUGGACACAUACUUUAUCUGGAGCUUUAUAGGCCCUGCUACGCUCAUCAUUAUGCUGAAUGUAAUCUUCCUCGGCAUUGCUCUUUAUAAGAUGUUCCAUCAUACGGCUAUUCUCAAACCAGACUCUGGGUGUCUGGACAACAUCAAGUCUUGGGUGAUCGGGGCCAUAGCCCUACUGUGUCUGCUGGGCCUGACCUGGGCUUUUGGGCUGAUGUACAUCAACGAGAGCACCGUCAUCAUGGCCUACCUCUUCACCAUCUUCAACUCUCUGCAGGGCAUGUUCAUCUUUAUCUUUCACUGCAUACUGCAGAAGAAGGUACGUAAAGAGUACGGCAAAUGUCUGCGUACUCACUGCUGCAGCGGCAAAAGCGUGGAGACGUCUAUCUCCUCCUCCAGUAAGACCACCACCUCACGGACGCCGGGCCGCUACUCCACAGGCUCACAGGUGAGCUUACCUGCCUGCACACCUGGACGCUACAGCACAGCAGACUCUCAGAGUCGCAUCAGGCGGAUGUGGAAUGACACUGUGAGGAAACAGGAGUCUUCCUUCAUCACUGGAGACAUCAACAGCUCUGCCACACUCAACAGAGCACCAUAUCGAGACACAAAGGGCAUCCUGAACAACGCAAGAGACUCCAGUGUUAUGGAUACACUCCCUCUUAAUGGUAACCAUGCCAACAACUACAGCAUGGCCAGCAGCGAGUACUUAAGUGACUGCGUCCAGAUUCUGGACCGUAGUGGCGGCUACGGCACCCACAGCAACCAUAAGGAGACAACCCUGGAGAAGAAGAUCCUCAAGGAGCUGACCUCCAAUUACAUCCCAUCCUACCUCAACAACCAUGAGAGAGCCACCACCGAGCGCAAUCACAAUCUGAUGAACAAGCUGGUCAACAGCAGCAUGGCCAAUGGAGGGAGCAUGGCAGGAGGCAGCAGCAGCAGCAGCAGCAGUGGAGUUGGUGGGUGUGUGGGCAGCAGUAAAGAGGACAAUGGUCCCAUGAUACUGGACAACCCUGCAGCCUUCCCCCACGAGGAGAACCUGGGUUUAGAGAUUAUCAGAGAGGAGUCCAACGCUCCGCUCCUGCCGCCACGGCCUCCUCCGCCAGACAGCCACCCCCCACCUCCGCCACCCCCUCACAGCUUCUCCCGGCCACGGCGCAUUCCCCAAGAGACCAGCGAGAGCUUCUUCCCCCUACUGACCAACGAGCACACUGACGAGCACACGCAUUCACCCAACCACAGAGACUCACUGUACACCAGCAUGCCAGUGCUGACGGACCUUCCGGAUGGGCAGAUGAAUGGUUUUACAGACGGAGAGGAAGACAGCUCCGGAGAGCUGCAGCCCUGUAAGAGUGCCACUGCUCCGGAGCUGGACGACGUCUAUUAUAAGAGCAUGCCAAACUUGGGCUCCAGGAAUCACCUUCACGAGCUACAGAGCUACUACCACAUGGGCCGUGGUGGCAGUGAUGGAUACAUGGUGUCCGGCAGCAAGGAGGAGUCUGACUCGUCGCCUGAGGAGCCGCCCGUAGACCCUUCCCACCUGGUUACCAGUCUAUAGAGCCAAUCAAGAGACUUCUAUCCCUCCCCAGCCCAUUCUCACACUUCCGACCUUCCAAUGAAAACAUUCUGUGUUGUUGACUGACAGACUGAGCUGGCCCACCCCUGGAUUGAUGUACUGUGUGUGACAUUAACUAUGGUUCAUGACAAUAUGGUUGCGAAUUCACUGGUCAAAUGAAAGCAGGAACUGAAUGUAUUGUCAUAAAUGGUGCAGACUGAAAUGGCGGUUAUGAGAGACUUUUUGUGAACAUACAACAGAAAUGGAACUUUGAACCUGGAAAGGAGAGGAACGGGGAGGGAUUCUGUAAUUUCACCCUACCAGUUACUUUAAUAUGGAAUCUUGGAUUGACCGUAGCCCCACAAGUUCCCCAAUAUGGACCUCUGGCAGAUCAUAGCAUAUAGUCUCUACUACCACCACAACAGGGGCGUGGCCCCCAACCCUGGUUAAAGGAGCUGCCUGUCUGUUUGUCUGUAUGUCUGUUUCUCUGUCUCACUCUUAAAGACACGUACUGGGAUGAUGUUUCCACCUCUCUAAAGGGUAGAGCAGGAUAUUGCACUCCAGUGUACACAACAUAAACUGGCCUUAAAGAGGCCCCGCCCCACUUCCUGCCAAUCAAGUGGAGGAUGUAUGAUAUAUGCCCUCACUACCGAUCAUCCCAAAAACUAUUUUAUUGGGCAACUGAACUGUUACCAUAGCCCGCUGAUGUUCUGAAUCCUCUUCCUGUUCGUAUCUGCUAAACUGGAGUUGUGUCUGGGCUGGUGUAACAUUCCUGCAAGUUGUAGUGACUGCGGCUACUGUGUAUUUCACUGAAAACAAAGAAGGAAGAUCAUAUUACAACAGACUGAAUUAAAAAAAAAAAAAGAAAAAAAAAGAAUGGGUUCCGUUUCUUCUCCUUUCUUCUGUAAAAGUUUUCAGUUAUCAAAGGAUUAUAAAGAAAUCACAAACUGUUUCUAUGUAUUGUACAGAAUACAGAUACAGAUACAAAUGUUGCAUAUGACCAAGUCUUUUAUUUUUUACAUUUUUAAGUUGCAAACCUUUUGUCUGUGGAACUGUUCUAAAAUGUCAUGAUGAUAUGUUCUGGUCACUGUAGAAGACAGAAUGAGCAAGGAACAAUCUGUCAUGUCACUAUUUCGUAACUACAGAGACAGUGAAGCACUCCUUAAUUAAUACGCAUAUACCCUACGCUCACUUCAUUCUGGUCCUUUUAUAGCAACACCACUGUCACUUACAUUUUGCAAAUCAGUUGUUACUAUCUACUUUACCACUGUGUAGAUUUAAAACUAAAGGGGAAAUGAAGUGGCUAGUGUUUUGAAAGAGAUGGUUGCUAUGGAAAUGCUGCAUUUUAGUCUGGAAGUGGGUCUCAUCUCAUUUGUUCUUGAAUAAAAGGGUUUCCUUCCUGGUGAAAAAACAAAGAUAUUAGAUAUUUGGAGCAACACAAGAACAUUCUCUCUAUUGCCAAAUAUUCUACCGAUUGACAGUGCUGUGAUGGAUGAGAUUGUACAGAAAAAGAAUGCUGAGAAUAAUAAAUGUCAUUCUCUAAACUAAAAAAAAGGAGAAUUUCCACUAUUUGAAAAUGGGUGGGUCUUACCUGUGAAAUGCCAUGAUUACACCAUUUAUGUGUAUUGAAGAUGUGAAAACCCUGCACAUAGCAGCACUGACCAAUGUGGAAAUCCAAUGUUUACUUAUUUAGGAGAAAAGUGUAUGAAGUGUAGCUUGCACAUUUAUCCCACAAGCCCCCUUCAUUUCCUCAAGAGAGAAAUUAUUUAUUUAUCUGUUUAUUGGUUUGAAGACAGCAAAACAAGCUUGGAGGAAAAAACGCUGGCUUUAGGCAGGAGUAAAUAAAUGGCACUGGGUUUGUUUUACAGUUCUUUUUUAAAUUAUUAUGAUCAUGAUUAUUAUUACAAUAUUAUUGCUAAUUAUUUAUUCUUUUUGUAUGGGUU